AUGCCAUCGCAAGAGGAGUACGAGGCGACGCUCGCGGAAGAGCUCGAGGUGCUCGAAAGUAUCUACAUCGACGAGCUCGAAAAGAUCUCGACCGAGCAACUGCGCAUUCGCAUCGAGCCAGAAGAGGACGUACUCCCCCUGCUCUUCUCGAUUGGCCUCGAACCAGGACAGACGCCAACAGAAAGCGUCGAAGAGGGCUCUCCAUCACCCAUCGUGCUUUCGCUUGAUAUUCAAUACACUACCGAAUACCCCGAUGCGCCACCAAACAUGUCCAUUCGCGUCUUGCGCGAUACCAAAGGCGUUCUUGGGCCAGCGACCGACGAUGACGAUGAUGACUCCGAAGAUGCAGCAUGCUCAGAUCGACCCGCUGUAACAGAGCUGCAAGCAGGACUCGAUGAAGUAGCGCAAGAAUCGCUCGGCAUGGCCAUGGUCUUCACGCUAGCCUCCCAUCUUCGUGAAAGUGUCACCACACUCAUCCAGCAACGCGUACAAGAGAUCGAAUCGGCAGCAAGCGCAAAGCGCGAAGCAGAGAUCGAGGCCGAAGCCGAGAAAUUCCGCGGCACCGCAGUCACACCCGAGAAGUUCGCCGAGUGGAGGGUCAAGUUCUUGCAAGAGAUGGCCGAGAAGGACAAGAAGGAGGAGGAUGCAAAGCUGUUGAAGCUGUCUGCGAGAGAGAGGGAAGAGUACAAGAAGAGCAAGGUCAAGCCAAGUGGCAAGCAGCUCUUCGAGAAGGGCGGAACACUGGAUGAUGACGACGCUGCCGAGGAAGGUGCACAGGAGGUGGACUGGAGCUUGUAUACGAGGGAACAGAGAGAGAAGGAGAGGAGAGAGCAGGAGGAGCAAGACGAGCUCCGGAGUCGGACCGAUGGGCUCGCCUUUGACGACGAUGACGAUGCGUGA